AUGACCAAAUAUGAUGUGAAGAAUUAUCUGGAGAAGAUCUAUAAUGUUCCGGUGGGUGUGGUUCGCACCAGGAUUCAAUUUGGCUCCAAUAAGAAGAGGAACCACCUGAACCAAAGGGUGAAGCAGCCCGACUACAAAGUUGCGUAUAUCCAGUUGGCGCAGGGCGAGAGCUUCACUUUCCCCGACCUGUUCCCCGACAAGGAGACGAAACCGGCGGAGGGCUCGGUGGAGGAGAUGCAGGAGAAAUUCAUGGAGGAUGAGAAGCAGAGGCAGCGACUUGACCCCCGGAGAGGAGGGGUCUCGGAGUGGUUUGGACUUUGA